AGUGGUAACAGCAACAUGGAAGACAAGCCACAUUCUGGACAGCCAUGCACGGCUGUCACACCACAAAAUGAAGACUGUCUUGGUCAUCUCAUCCACACGAAUCAGCUGACAACCAAGGAACAGUAUAUGGAGCUGAAUAUUAGUUUCAAUGCUUUGGAAAUGCUGGUGCAAGUGUUGGAAUAUCCCAAAGUUUGUGCCAGGAACAGACUCAAUGCUACACGAGAAGUUGACCCUGUAGCCCUCCCGAAUUGCCAGCUCAUAAAAGGGAUUGAAACUGGUUCAGAAGACAUUGACAUCCUUCCUAAUGGACUGGCUUUCAUCAGCUCUGGUUUGAAAUACCCAGGAUUGAAGAGCUUUGCACCAGACAAGCCAGGUGAAAUUUUUUUGAUGGAUUUGAAUGAAAAAAAGCCAAAAGCAUCUGAACUGAGAAUCAGCCGUGGAUUUGAUUUAGGAUCAUUUACCCCUCAUGGGAUCAGCACUUACAUAGACAAAGAUGACACCGUGUACCUCUUUGUUGUGAAUCAUCCACACCAGAAGAGCACAGUAGAAUUGUUUAAAUUUAUGGAAGAGGACAAUUCUCUUGUACAUCUAAAAACCAUUCGACACGACCUUCUGACAAGUGUGAAUGAUGUAGUAGCUGUGGGGCCUGACAGCUUCUAUGCUACCAAUGACCACUACUUCUCUGACUUCAUCUUGAUGUUCUUGGAAAUGUACUUGGGUUUAACUUGGUCAAAUGUGGUUUACUACAGUCCAAAAGAAGUUAAAGAAGUGGCAGCUGGGUUUUAUUCAGCCAAUGGAAUUAACAUUUCACCCGACAAAAAGUACAUCUAUAUUGCAGAUAUAUUUGAUCAUAAUGUCCAUGUUAUGGAAAAGCAUGCUGAUUGGAAUUUAACCCAUGUGAAGACGCUGCAGCUGGACACUCUUGCCGAUAACUUGUCUGUUGAUCCUGACACUGGGGAUAUCUGGACAGGAUGUCAUCCAAAUGGGAUGAAGCUAUUCUUCGAUGACCCAGAUAACCCUCCUGCCUCUGAGGUCCUGCGCAUCCAGAACAUCCUGGCAGAGCAGCCCACGGUGACGCGUGUCUAUGCUGAGAAUGGCUCCGUGCUGCAGGGGACCUCGGUGGCAACAGUCUACAACAGGAAACUGCUCAUUGGCACAGUCUUCCACAGAGCCCUGUACUGUGAGCUAUAGCUGUCCUGACCGUAAAUGAGAUCCAGUCUGAGGCCCAGGAGCCACACUUUGGCCAACAGCUGGGAUCAGAACAACACAGAAGGAAGGAGAGGACAAAUGCCGUGUUACCAUUUAUUACUUCUGGAAUGACCAACGAAUGGGCAGGAAAGUGAGGACUCGAUACAAAUUCUAAUAAAGAUUCAGGAUUUCUCA